AUGGUCACGAUGUAUGAAACAUUAAAUGAUCAUAAAAUCGAUUGGAUAUGGUGCGUACCGCAUCGAAUUCAUUUAGUUAUUGUCAAUGGAUUUCAAUUAUGGCCUGAUAAGAAGAAGAAACAAAAAGAUAAUAACACCAAUGAUAAUAAUAAUACAACAUCAAUAAACAAUACCAAUAUCAUUGAUGACAAUAAUAUUGCAACAUCAAUAAUUAAUAAUGAUAAUAAUGAAGAUAAUGAAGCCGGUUGGGAUGAUGCAA